AUGGCAACCUUUAACAAUGGUCAAUUCCCUGCGAAUCUACCAAUUUUGGAUGGAAAGAAUUAUGAUAAUUGGAGCAAACAGAUGAAAGUUUUGUUCAAUUAUCAAGAUGUGAUGGAACAAGUGAUUAGUGGUGUUGAACCACUCUCAGAAAGGUGCAACAGAGGUUCAAAGAACACAACACAAAGAAUUGAAGAAGAAAGACUACAAGGCAUUGUUCAUAAUUCAUCAAAGUCUAAGCAAGCUUGGGAUAUCUUGGCUCCAGCUUAUGCUGGAGAUCAGAAGGUGAAGAAAGUGAAGUUACAAACCCUAAGAAGCAAGUUUGCACAGCUACAAAUGGAAGAGAAAGAAACUGUAAGUGAAUUCUUCACUAAAAUUGCAAAAUUAGUUAAUGAAAUGAAAGCUUGUGGAGAAAUUGUGUCUGGUACAAUGAGAGUAGAAAAGAUAUUGAGAUCUUUAACUCCUAAGUUUGACUAUGUGGUAGCUGCUAUAGAAGAAUCUAAGGAUCUUGACAGUAUCAAGGUUGAGGAACUGCAAGGUUCUUUAGAAGCACAUGAGCAAAGGAUGAAUCAGAGAAAUUCUGAUAAAUCCAAUGGUGAGAUAGCAUUACAAGUUCAGCAGGGUAAUAAGAAUAAGAAAGGAAAGGGAAAAUGGCAAGGCAAUAAGGGAAAAGAUAGUUAUCAGAAUGGAAAUGGAAAAGAGAAUCAAGAUACCAAAGGAGGUGGAAAUCAGAAGAAACAGUUCAAUGGUGGUAGAGGUGGUUACAAUGGAGGUGGAAGAGGUGGAAGAGGAAAAUUUGACAAGAAACACAUUCAAUGCUAUAAUUGCCAAAAUUAUGGUCAUUUUGCAGAUGAAUGUAGAUUCAGAGAGGAAUCAAGUGAUGUUGAAGCCAAAAUGGCUAGAAAUGAUGAUGAUGAUGAUGAAGGCUCAGUGAUGCUUCUUGUAACUACAAAAGAUGAAAGUGACCUUCAAGAGAAAUGGUAUCUUGACACUGGAUGUACAACACACAUGACAGGGAGGAAAGAUUGGUUCACAAGCCUAAAGGCUACUCAGAAUCACAAUGUUAAGUUUGCAGACAAUAACAGCCUUGCAGUACAAGCUAUUGGUGAUGUAACCAUCAAAAGAAAGGAUGGCAAGUGUUCAGUGAUCUCUGGUGUAUUGUACAUACCAGGUAUGAAAUGUAAUCUACUCAGCAUAGGCCAAUUGCUAGAGAAAGAUUAUAGAAUUGUAAUGGAGAAUAAGUUGCUGAAAGUGUACAACACUAAAGGUAACCUGAUGUUGAAAACUGAAAUGUCAAAGAAUAGGACAUUCAAGAUUGGGCUCAAUGUUCUGAAUCACAAGUGCUUGAUGACUGCAUCAAGCAGAGAAGAAUGGAGAUGGCACUAUAGAAUGGGGCACUUGAAUUUCAAGGACCUCAGCUUGCUGCAAAAAUAA